UAUAAGUUGGUGUGAAUGUUAGUUCAAUCGCAUCGUCCCAACAUGAAGCCCUUCCAUUAUGUUCUUGGGGUGUACGUGUUGGCAUUGCUACAAUGGGAGACUGUUGCAGAAAUACUAGGAGAAGAAAAUGCAGUUAUACGGUUGGAAACUGUUCAAAUACCGGACACUCUAAUGCAUCCCUACGCACCUGAACUUGGCACUUGGCGAGAGUAUGCUAGAGGAAAAUUGACUUGGGAGGUGGCAUAUCACAGGAUAAAAUCAGCGGAACAAUUUCUCAAUCGAAAGGAAAUCUACAAGGGCUAUGCAGUUGCACUUUAUAUUGAUAAGGGUUUCUGGAACAUAAAAAAAGAAAUAGAUGCACACGAAGAAAUAAUGAUUAAGACUGCAGCAGAAUUUGCCAGACAAAACGUACACAAUGGCAUUGUUUUAUCUCUAUAUAAUGGCCUCAUUUUUGAUUUUCAAAUGGAUCCCAUGACAAAAGAAAUCUUUGAUAGAGAGGAAGGACGCUUUUUUUAUUUUGAAAUGGAAAAUAAGUUCCAAGUUAUCGAUGUUGCUGAUAAGGACGAAUUGGAGAGGAGACAUGAACAAUACAAAGGUUCAAUCAUAUAUACUCUCUACUACGACGGUGAUGAUUUUGUCCGUGUUGGCGAUGAUGGCAAAUAUCUGUGGGAACCUCUAAGGAAAUUUAUGAGAGAUCAAUUUGUGACUGUUAGUGAGACGUACAACAAAAUGGUAUUGCUCAAAGUACGAACGUCAUCUGUUCUUAAAGGUGACACUGAGUUCUUUAAGAAAAUAUGCGAAGCAAAGGGGGAGCCAAAGGAAUACCCUGUGGUGUACUAUGAAGCCGACACAAGACUGAAUGGAAUAUUUUACUUAAGCAAAGCUGCUGGAAAAUGGGAACAUACCUGGGAUAAAUGUCCAUUCCAUUAAGAGAGGAAUGAGUCGCUCCAAAAACCUUUGGAUUAAAAUAAAAGUUAAUCGUUCUUAAAUUGUUACUUUACAUUUUCU